AUGAAGAGUUCAAGUUUUAUCGUGGCCCUUUUUACCAGUGUCGUAACUGCAGAUAUCCAUGGCACAAAACCGAAUGGUCCGAAAUAUGCGGGCACAAACCCAGACUGUACUUGGUAUCUCGACCUCGUCGACGAUUCCUAUACAUGCGAAAAUAUCGAAAAGCAAUGGGACCUAAGCCAUGAAAUCUUUGUUGCAUGGAAUCCUGGCGUGAAAAAAGACUGUAGCGGACUUCAAGUUGGCCUCUCAGUUUGCGUGGAAGCGCCGAUGGAAUCAAUUACUUCAAGUUCUACAUCAGAGGCUUCGACGAGCUCGGAAACAUCAAUCCCGUCACCUACUGCUACCGGGCCUCCAUUGCCAUCCCCAACACAGGAUGGCCUAGUGGGUAAUUGCACACAAUUCUACCAUGCCGUUAGUGGUGAUACUUGUGGGAAGAUAAUAUCUCGACAUAAGCCCAUCACGUUGGCCCAACUCAUAGAGUGGAAUCCUGCACUUGAGAAGGACUGUACCGGGCUUUGGGCUGGCUAUUAUUACUGUAUUGGCAUUCCCGGAAUUCCCAAUGCGUCCCCUACAGGUAUCUCAAACAGCACCAUAUCAAACACAAUUGCGACCAUGCUGAGUACGGCUAAGCCAAAUUCUACUGCAAUCUCUACCGGUGCUGCAGCGCCUGGGCCAACUCAAGCUGAUAUUGUCAGUAACUGUCAAAGGUGGCAUAAAGUGGUAUCCGGUGAUACCUGCACAAGCCUCGCCAACCAAUAUGAUACCUUUACUCUGGAAGAAUUCAUCAAGUGGAAUCCAGCUGUUGGGGAGGACUGCUCUGGCCUCUGGUUGAACUAUUAUUACUGCAUUGGUGUCCCCGGGACCCCCACGGCAAAGCAGACAACAUCUAAACCAAGUCCUACUGGGUGUACUAGCCCGGGACUUCCCUCACCCACACAACCUGGCGCUAUAUGUAAAUGCAAGAAGUGGCAUAAAGUCGUGCAAGGGGAUACCUGUGAGAAUAUUGUUCGGAAAUAUAGUAUUUCGACUAAAAAUUUCAACAAAUGGAAUCCUAAAGUUGGAGAUGACUGCUAUAGUCUAUGGCUUCGGUAUUAUGUUUGCGUUGGGGCUGCAUGA